CCCGGGACAACACCCGGCUGUGAAAACAUCCCUGCCUGCCUCCACAUCUCAGACGUGCUGCAAGCGGCGGCGGCGGCAGGCGGCGGUGCGAGGGUGAGCCAGCGCCGGUGUCCUCCCCCAUCCUCCCUCCCUCCAGCAGCGGGCUGUCCGACCGACCGCUCGGUGGAAACGGUAUGGACGUGCGGACCCCGAGAUGGCGGAGUGAGUGAGGAUGCGACUCCCCAGUUCCAUCUUUGUGUCGGUGUCUCUGUUCACGGCCGAGACCACGGCAGCGCUCUACCUCAGCUCUACGUACCGCUCCGCUGGAGACCAGAUCUGGCAGGGGCUCACGCUGCUCUUCACGCUCGUACCGUCUGUGCUCGUGCAGCUGACCCUCACCUUCAUCCACCGGGACCUCGGCAGAGACCGACCGCUCGUCCUGCUGCUGCACAUCCUGCAGCUCGGACCCAUCGUCAGGUGUCUGGAGGCGUUCUGUAUCUAUGGCAGCGUGGGCCGUGUGGAGGAGCCUUAUGUCAGCAUCACCAGGAAGAAGCAGAUGCCUCGCGGGGGUCAGUCUGAGGAGGUGGAGCGGCAGGUGGGGCAGGCGGAGGGGAAACUGUUUACACACCGAGCAGCCUUCGCCCGCACCUCUGUCAUUCAGGCCUUCCUGGGAUCUGCCCCCCAGCUCACCCUGCAGCUCUACAUCUGCGUACUACAGCAGGGGUUGUCCAUCGGAAGAGGCACACUGAUGGUGAUCUCCCUCCUGUCCAUUGUGUACGGAGCGCUGCGCUGCAACAUCCUGGCCAUAAAGAUCAAAUACGAUGACUAUGAAGUGGACGUCCGACCCGUGGCUUAUCUGUGCAUUUUCCUGUGGAGAAGCUUUGAGAUUGCCACUCGUGUGGUGGUUCUGGUUCUGUUCAGCUCUGUGCUGCAGCUCUGGGUCCUGCCCGUGGUUCUGCUCAAUUUCCUCGUUUUCUUCCUCUACCCCUGGAUCCUGUUCUGGCAGAGCCACUCACCGUUCCCUGAGAAUAUAGAAAAGACUCUGACUAGAGUGGGAACCACCAUUGUACUCUGCCUGCUCACCUUCCUCUACGCCGGCAUCAACAUGUUCUGCUGGUCAGCUGUGCAGGUGAAACUCAAUGACCCAGACCUCAUCAACAAGUCCCAGAACUGGUAUCGCAUGGCUGUGUACUAUAUGUUGCGUUUUGUGGAGAAUGCCUCGCUGCUCCUGCUGUGGUACAUCUAUAAGACCGACUUCUACAAGUUCAUCUGCGCCCCACUGCUGGUGCUGCAGCUGCUGGUAGCUUACGCCAUCGCCAUCUUCUUCAUGCUGGUCUUCUACCAGUUCUGUCAUCCGUGUCGGCGGCUCUUCUCCUCCAGCAUGACCCAGGGCCUUUGGAACUGCUCCUCUCUUAUCUGUCUCAUGUGCAACUCUGCUUCUCCGCAAAACAGGCCAAUGGGAAAGUCUGUCCUGGAGCCGGCCAGCUCCAAGGAGCCGACUAACGACAGAGCCCACGACACAGCCAGUGACAGCACAGACGACAUGCCUAAUGACACAACGUAUGACAUGCUCAAUGAUACAAUCUAUGACACGCCUAAUGAAAUGAGCAAUAAUAUACGCGGUGGAAUCAACGGGGACAUUAGCCACAGUGUAUCCUGCAAUGCUUAAACAAUUGUUUGACGUGCCAUUCGGAGGAACGACUCUGACAGUUAUCACACAACCCCUCUGUAACCUUUUAAGUGCCACAUGAAUCCCUCUGUGAGUUGAGUUUACACUUUAAAUCCUUUCUUUGAAUCUUAAUAUUCAUAUAUCCUCUAUAUCUCAACUCUGUCAGCCACUCCUACAUGAAGCAAAUGUGUCCUUAACCGUAGGGAUCUAUUCUGGCUGCAGACAUGCAUAGUGUCCACUCGGGUUAUCCAGAGGUGGUGCUCACCUGUCUCAUCAGUCGACAUCCUGGACAACGUCAUUCUGCAGCCUUUAAUAAAAAGUCAUGGACAAGCACCAUUACGUCUUUGGUUUCAGAGACUGUGUCCACUUAUAUGCUGCAUUACUGAUCACAAGGAGCCAUGCAUUUGAAUUGAUUGUAUUUAGUAUCUCUCUUUGGCAUGGAGGUGUGCAUGUGUGGAGCCUCAGACGAGGUGUUGUUCUGCAGGGGGGCAGCAAGGUUGUUUUGUACAGGGUUUUUUCUGAACCCCCCCUACCACCACUACCACCACCUCUGUAGUUUUAUGGCUGCAAGCAAUCAGCUUUUUUACUCCUUGAUAAGAGCUUUAUCAUUAAUAUGCGCUGCUUCUGUGAUGUAUUUGUGCUUGAUGACGAGAUGAGAAUCUCCACACAUUGUUAAAGAGCCUCUUUGGUCACCAAACACGUUACUGUAAAGCACGGACAUCUCCAGGCGUCACAUUUUUGCACGUUUACAAAAUGGAUUUAAGUGGCUUUGGUUUAACUGUUGAGCAGCAGCAGCUGUAGUGAUGUGAAAUGCUUUGUUUGGAUGUAUUUGCAUUUUUCUAAUUCAUGCUUGUUACGUCUGUCAGCUCUGUGUCUGUAUGUCUCAUUAGUUAGUAUAUUUACACCGAGUGCACAUACAAAUUAAUUAUAUCUAAUUGAAAAAUGUUUGGAAUUGUAACGAGUAUUUUUUUGCUUAUUUUCAACCUUUAGAUGUAUAACUGUGUGUGAGAGAGAAUGUCAGUGUUGCACUAACUCCUUUUUGCAAUGUAUCUGCACUGGGACGACAACCCUGUAUGCUCCUAAUGUUUGUACAAAUAAGACCUUUGAAGCCAAAAAAAAAAAUAUGAAAACCCUAUUAUACACAUCAGACAUUCUCAUACAGAGCAAGAUAAAAGGCAUUUAAAAGAAACUACUACUAAGUCUAAAUAAAUUUAUAUUCAUAUGUGAAAGUUGUAUGUACUGUUAUUUAUAACUAAGAAGCAGCUACUACCCUGGCCUGUGCUGACCUCUAGUGGACAGACACACAAACUGCAGAAUAGUAAAAUAUUUCUUCUUAUAGUUUGUAGAGAUCCACACUCAGACACAAAAGCUUUUUAAUACAUUUAAUGACAGCUCUAACAAAUAAUUAUUGACACAGGCUCUUUGAACUGAACAGUUUUACAGAAGAAUUUCCAUGGUUUCUACAAAGUCUAGAAAAAGUGCAUUUGUUGUGGUGACCGACCAUUAAAC